GGUUUCUUUCCCAGUUGUCGUGAUGACAAACUGGGCCCAAAACAUUAAAUAAAAAAAAUUUUUUUUCUCUCCUCUUAAUAUUCAAGUGUCUUUCUUUCGUAUUUGCUCUUCUUUACUUUGUUUAUAAACCUACGAAUAUCAUUACCUUGUGUUUAUAUCAAACAUGGGAAACCUUGAUAAGAAAAUAAAGUAUAUCUUGAUAUCCGGAGGUGUUAUUUCGGGUAUUGGGAAAGGAAUAUUUGCUUCUUCUUUGGGUCUCUUAUUAAAAACUAUCGGGUUAAGGGUUACUGCUAUAAAAAUCGAUCCUUAUAUGAACAUCGACGCGGGAACUAUGAGUCCUUUUGAACAUGGUGAAGUUUUUGUAUUAAAUGAUGGCGGGGAAGUCGAUCUUGACUUAGGAAACUAUGAACGUUUUCUCGAUAUAACUCUUACGAAAGAUAAUAACAUCACAACCGGCAAGAUUUAUCAAGAAGUUAUCAAUAAGGAGCGAAAAGGUGAAUAUCUGGGCAAGACUGUACAAGUGGUUCCUCACAUAACUGAUGCAAUGCAAAAUUGGAUUGAACGAGUAGCAUCAAUACCUGUUGAUGAAAGUGGUGAAAAACCUGACGUUUGCAUUAUUGAGUUGGGCGGCACUGUCGGUGAUAUAGAAUCCGCCCCAUUUAUUGAAGCAAUGCGCCAAUUUCAAUUUCGAGUUGGAUCAGAAAAUUUUGCACUAGGUCACGUGGCACUUGUUCCAAUUAUUGGUCCUGUAGGUGAACAAAAAACUAAACCAACUCAAGCUACCGUAAGAGAAUUGAGAGCUUUAGGAUUAUCACCCGACUUGAUCGCAUGUCGUUGCUCCCAAAAAUUAGAAGUUGAAGUUCAAAAUAAAAUUUCAAUGUUUUGUCAUGUUGGAAUAGAACAAGUAAUUUCUGUUCGAGACGUCUCCUCGACCUAUCAUGUUCCUCUCUUAUUAAAAGAACAAGGCGUUUUAGAUUUUCUAAUAAAUAGACUCAAGUUGGAUAAAAUCCUGAUUUCUAAAACUCAAGUCGAAAAAGGAGAAAAUUUAUUGAAGCAAUGGACAAAAUUAACAGAAGAUCAUGAUCGUUUUUUACAUCCCGUUGUAAUUGUCUUGGUAGGGAAAUAUACAAAUCUUCAGGAUUCAUAUCUUUCUGUCAAAAAGUCACUUGAACAUUCUGGAUUAAACUGUGAACGUAAGAUAGAUCUUAAAUGGGUUGAAGCUUCAUAUUUAGAAGCAGAAUACGAAAAAGAAAAUCCGGAAAAGUACCGUGAAUCAUGGGAAAAUUUAAGGUCUGCUAACGGUAUUUUAGUUCCAGGAGGAUUUGGAUUUCGUGGCACAGAAGGCAAAAUUGCCGCAGCAAAAUUUGCACGUGAAAAUAAAGUUCCAUAUUUAGGAAUUUGUCUAGGGUUACAGGUAGCUGUAAUCGAAUUUGCUCGCAAUGUUUGUGGUCUCGAAGCUGCUAAUUCAGAAGAAUUUGACAAAAAUGCGAAGCAUCAGGUCGUUAUUAAUAUGCCUGAAAUUUCAACGACACAUCUUGGCGGAACAAUGAGACUGGGAUUAAGGCCCACUAUUUUCCAAGACGGAACAGAAUCGUGGUCAAAAAUACGAAAAUGUUAUGAGAGUGCUGAACUUAUCUCCGGAGAUGACCAUCAUGUUUCUGAACGCCAUCGACAUCGGUAUGAAGUUAACCCUAAGUACGUGCAAACACUUGAAGAAAAAGGUUUACAUUUUGUAGGGCGCGAUACAACUGGAAAUAGGAUGGAAAUAAUGGAGCUUAAGGGUCACCCAUUCUAUGUCGCUACUCAAUAUCAUCCUGAAUAUCUUAGUCGUCCCCUUAAACCUUCGCCCCCUUUUCAUGGAUUUGUGGUGGCUUCUGCGGAACGGAAAUCCGUAGUAAAAAGUAAAUCAAAGACUAAUGGAAUCUCUCAUAUUUCCAAUUAAUAUACUUUUCUUAAUUUUAGAUGUCACGUUAAAUGUGACAAACUUGCGUUAAUAUCUAAAAAAAAAAAAGUAAUUACUACAAUAAUAAAUGUUAAUGAUAUUAGAUCUGAAUCAAUGUUUAUAACAAUCCAAUUCUUAUAUUAUUAAGCAAUUUUUUGUUUAAAAAAAAAAGAAAAUAUAUAAACAAGUAUAGCUAAGUUUCAUUACUUUUUAUAAAUGCACUAAUUAGAAGAGAUGAAAUUAGGUGCG